AUGGAGUCCUUACACUUUGAGGUUUCUCAUCUGAGUCCGUCUUCAAAGCCGCCGCAGAGAGGCCAGUGGUCCAACAAGCGGGAGUUUAUUUUGGCUGUUGUUGGAGAAAUCAUUGGUCUGGGAAAUGUCUGGAGGUUUCCAUAUCUCUGCUUUAAGAACGGAGGAGGAGUGUUCCUGGUGCCCUACGUCCUGUUUCUGCUCACAUGUGGGAUCCCCAUCUUCUUCCUGGAGAUGUCUCUGGGGCAGAUGACCGGUCAGGGAGGCAUCACCUGCUGGAGGAAGAUCUGCCCGCUGUUUGAAGGCAUCGGCUACGGAGGCCAGAUCAUCAUGCUCUACACGGUCAUGUACUACAUCAUCAUUUUGGCCUGGGCCUUGUUGUACCUCUUCUCCUCUUUUCAUUCGGAGCUGCCCUGGGCCAGCUGCAACAACACCUGGAACACAGUUAACUGCAUUGAUUAUCGACUGCAUCAAUCUGGGAACGUGUCACUUCCUGCAAACGCAACGUCGUCCGUUGAAGAAUUCUGGCAGAGACGCAUUCUGAGCCUGUCUGGGGGCAUCGAGGAGAUGGGUGCCCUGCGCUGGGAUCUGGCCGGGUGUCUCCUCCUCAGCUGGGUCACCUGCUACUUCUGCAUCUGGAAAGGAAUCAAAAGUUCGGGCAAAGUGGUGUACUUCACUGCCACAUUCCCGUACCUCAUGAUGGUGGCGUUGCUGAUCCGCGGCGUCACUCUGCCUGGUGCUGCUGACGGGAUUCGCUUCUACCUGUGGCCUGAUCCCAGUCGCCUGUCUGAUCCUCAGGUUUGGAUGGACGCUGCCAGUCAGAUUUUAUUCUCCUACGCUGUAUGUACAGGUUGCCUGCCUUCACUGGGAAGCUACAACCGGCGCAACAACGACUGCUUCAAAGAUGCCUUCACUCUGUGCCUGCUCAACAGUGCCACCAGUUUCUUUGCUGGUUUUGCCAUAUUCUCUGUGCUGGGAUACAUGUCGUAUGAGCUGGGAGUCAGCAUCGACACAGUGGCUGAGUCAGGUCCAGGCCUGGCCUUCAUUGCGUACCCUCGCGCUGUGGCCAUGAUGCCCCUCCCUCAGCUCUGGUCAGUCUUCUUCUUCAUGAUGAUCAUCUUCCUGGGACUGGACAGUGAGCUGCUCUGCUGUCUGCCAGGAGUCUGCCUCUGCUGCUGGAGUCUAGACCAGUGUGGACCUGGCUCUGGGCACAGACCACGGCCCACUCCCCACUCCCCUACUAUGGCCCACUCUCAUGCUAUGGCCCACUCUCCUGCUAUGGCCCACUCUCCUGCUAUGGCCCACUCUCCUGCUAUGGCCCACUCUCCUGCUAUGGCCCACUCUCCUAUGGCCCACUCCCCCGGUCCACACACCCUGAAGUGGACUCCUCCCUCACAGUCUGGAGGACUGUCCCAGCAGCACGAGGCAAGAGGAGAUUCCCAAAGACGUCAGCGAUUUUCCAGCUGA